AUGGUGAUUGCUGGCGCUCCUGUGCCGUCGCCAGAGCGCGUUGCCGCCUGGUCGGCUGUGGUCGCCAAGCCCCAGUCGGACCCCGAAAAGGGGACCAUGGCGACGAAGUCCCCCUUACCGCCGGUUCCGAAGCCCGUGACAACAACCUCUGAAAGGACUCUUCCCCUCGCACCCGCGGAUCAAUCUGCCGUGGCGGAGUCUGGCCCGCCUGCCCAAAUUCCUGCCCCAUCCGCUCCUGUUGCGGAUCCUGCUCCCCUGGCUCCCCUGGCUCCCCUUGUUGGGACGCCGGCGUCUGUCACUGCUGGGGCUGCUGCUGAUCCCCCUGCCCCUGGCGCGACGUCCGCCACCACUGGCGGCCCGGCCCAGUUUGUGGCUCCCUCGGCGGUGGUUCAGCCUGUCAACGGGAGUAGUGUCAGCCGACCUCAGGAGACCGCGGGGCCGCGGGAGGCCGCGGGAGGCCGCGGGAGGCCGCGGGAGACCGCGGGGCCGCGGGAGGCCGCGGGAGGCCGCGGGAGACCGCGGGGCCGCGGGAGGCCGCGGGAGGCCGCGGGAGGCCGCGGGAGGCCGCGGGAGACCGCGGGGCCUCGAGAGGCCGCGGGAGAGAACCGCGGAACCGCGGUGGCCGCGAGGGACGACCGGGGGCCGCGGGACCGCGGGACCGUGGGGGAGCCGCGGGGGCCGCGGGGGACGACAGGGGGCCGCGGGGGUCGCUAG